AUGCAACAAGCUCCACCAUCCGUCGGGUCUGCCGAGAUGCAACCCCCUCCUUCCAAAUUCUCAGAUGUCGGGAAGAACAAAGCUUCUCCAAACCGCGGACAAACUCCCUCUGAACGAUCGUCGACGAGCUCACGCAGCCAGAAGGACGCAUGCUUCAUCUGUACAAAAGUCUCUAAUUACGAGUCCUGGUCUCUCGUCACUUGCUGCAAGUGCAAGCGGAAGUAUCACAGAGGUUGUCACAGAGGCACUGUUCCCCGACCCUGUCCACUCCAUUGGAAGUGCUAUCUCUGUGACCCAGACUCCAACAGGAGCAUGCAGCCGCCCACGAAAAGGCGUAAAAUUGACAGCCCUGCAGCCACUGCUCCUCCUAGUGGUGAAACAGCCUCUCGCUUGAAUGCGGGUCGUAAAGAGAUUCCCGAAUCACCGCAGGACAGCCCCGGUGCCACUCAAGAUGGUCCCACCCUCAGGCCGAUGCCUUUCACACAGCGUCCACGGUUUGCGCCUUUCUUGACAGAAGAUGUUGAGCAGACAAACUCCAAAACACCCACUCAAUCUCGAUUUACCCAGCGUCCUCGAUUUUCAUCUUCGCUUUUGGACCUGGAAGAACAGCGGACCAACCAAUCUGCAAGACCGACCCCGAAACCAGGAAGAAAGCGACCAUGGUCACCGAGCUUUGUUACUCAGCCUGAAACAGAAUUAGGAACGCAGAGCAAGAACAUAUCGAGUACGCGAAAAUAUAGUCAGCUCAUUGGCAUGGCGCUGCAUUCAGCUCGAGACAACUGCUUGAACACCGAGCAAAUAUACACAUGGAUCAUCGACAAUGUUCCUGGUUACAGUCUCGAGGACGUAACUUGGAGAGAUGGGGUUUGGGUUACUUUGACAGUGGUCGAGGAUUUCGUGCGUCGAGAUGGUAAUUUGGAAGGACCAUGGAUGUUUCGUGAUGGCGCAAGCACAAAAUACAGUCUACAAAAUGGUUUGUUGUCCGCCGCAUCGAAAACUGACCCGCUUCCAAAACCACUGUACGCGAAUGACGCUCAGAGCAAGCAAGGGGGUGAUGUUGUUGCGCCCCUUGGAACAGACCAUGAUCUCGAAAUUAACGACUCCAAACCUUCAUGGAAACCACUAAGCCAACGCAGCAUAAACCAUCUCAUUAGGGCUGGGAGCGAAAACGACUCAGCAUUGCCUUCUACGAUCGAGGAAUCCAUUGAUAUUGUUGAUCUCACCAUGGAAGAAGAUGAGCCACUACCUCCACUAGAACAUUUGCGAAAUACUCAAAAGCCAAGCGUUGCAGGGAGCAUUAUCAGUCUCUUGCGCGACACUCCUGAAGAGGUCGUAGAGAACAAAGAACGGUCGACCUUCGCUGGUUCUGGGGAGCCGACUUGGAGUAAAACGGCAAGCGUUACUUCUCUACGAAAGUCUCUCACACCUUUCACAGACCGUAUUGUUGAGAAUGCCUCCAAGGAAACGAUCGAAAGUCUUCCUGGUACAGAAAAAUGGGAGGCCGCGAGAAGACAUGUCAGCAACCUUCUCGGAUCACCCGCCAAGGCAACCACAUCGACUGAUGCAGAAACUAUCACCCUGAAAUCUCCUCCUGAACUGCAAAGAUCAUCAACUAUAGUGUCUCCCCAGCCCCUAGAGUCGACCGUUGCACCAAUCAGACAAGGUACUGAGGACGACUUUCGUAUCAAGGAGAAACCUGUCGAGGCAAAUAUGUCCGAUACUCGCAGUCCGAUUCAGAGCGUCGAGACGAGACAACCAGCACCAGUAUCUACAGGGGAUAUUCAGCAGCCAACCUUCGAGGAUCAUGUUUUGAAGGAGUCAGCCCCGACGACAAACGAUCAGGUUAUACCGAUGGACAUUGAUACCCCGAAAGAGUCUCUCGAGCCCAACUCCACCAAUUCUGUCAUUGAACAGCCUGCUCAGGCUCCAGAUCCGAUGACGAACGACGGCGAGACGAGACCAACACCAGAUCUCGAGGAGCUUUUGAAUCAAGAACAACCACACGACAAGCCACCAUCGCAGCAACAUGAAGAACAUAUCCAGCAAGAGUCUUCGCAUGCUGCAGAAGAGCAACUCGUCAAGAAGUCUCUGCUGAAGGCCUACACGAAUUCAGCUGUACAGACCGACUCACCAGCAACUUCGUCUUUCGCACUUGGGACGAUCACACAGAUCAGUCUCGAACCACAAGCACCGAUAAUAAUCGCUCCUAAAGUUGUACAUGAAACCGCAGAAUCUUCCACGCAGAGUGAAAAUCUAUCAGAGCUGCAAGCAGCACAUAUUCCGCAGCCUCCGUUGCCAUCAGUACAACCAACUACAACCCAAGGAGAAACAACCGAAUCAUCAAAGUCAAAGUCGAAGACCGACAAGACCGACAAACGUCCCUGGACCCAGGCGAGAGUGGAAAGGUGGAGACUUAGACUACUCGACUGUUACAUGUAUCCCACAGAAAAGAAAUGGAAUGAGGAAGCUCUAAAACAGAAGGAUAACUUUUGGGAACACCUUCAAACCCCACCAAACCUGAACCCCGAUCCUUUGACCUUCGACCACGAAGCAAAGAUGGAAGAGAUCCGCGCUAGACCAACACGCAAGCAGAUAUUCGGUAAAGUCGCUCUGUCUCGUGUUGCUGGUAACGAUGCUUUGACCAAGUUGAACGAGAUGAAGCUUGGCAAGCAGAGAAUUGACCAUGUCGACUACUACAAAGGAUACACGGAGGAGGAGAUUGCAGAGGAGAAGAGAUUGAACGAGCAAGAGGGAUACUACAAUACAGUCGAGGAGUUGUUGGGGCUCCCUCAGCAGGUUGUGCCGCAGAUUUACGAGCAGCAACUGGCGUUCCGUGAUUAUGCUCCGAACAAGUCAGGCAGGAUCGGAAGAGCGAAACAUAUUUACAAGAUUGGACCGAAUGCAAGGUAG